AUGAAUUUACUUUUGCUUCUUCUCCUUUUGGUCACGACAUCUGUUGGUUAUUACAUUGAUGAUUCUAGAAUGGAGGAAAUCGAAUGCUCCAUCGUCGCGAUUCUCUCUGACCAAAUCGAAGAAAGCAAAGACUGUAAUCUCAAACAUCUUCUGAAGAAUGACCCGUUAUUCAAACCAUUGAUCCAAACCAACGCUCACAAGAAGCGAAGCGCUUAUGAAGUGAUCGGAGUCCAGACAUGCGAGGAAAACGAGCCAUGCCGAAUCGGUCGUACUCGUUCUUGUCUGUGCCCGGAAGACUUCGUUUGUGACACCACUCCAGCCAACAAAGACGUUCAUCUUUGUGUUAAACUCGGAUAUUUUCGAAUGUUCGGAGCCAAGAGAUAA